AUGGAAAUUGCUCAAACAAAGAGUUGUAGUUCAACAUUACCUGAUAAAAGAAAAAUAGAAAUAGAGGAGGUGGACAGAGGAGUGCUUCAAGAUGGGCGGAAAGUUGCGAUUCAGCUGAUGUAUGAAGCUGGAAAACAAGGGGAGAAAGAAUUCAAAGUGGAGGUGGAGUUGCUGUGCCACUUGCGCUCACCGUAUUUGCUGUCAUUGAUUGGCUAUUGUUCAGAAAGCAGCCAUAAAUUGCUUGUUUAUGAGUUCAUGGCGAAUGGUGGUUUGCAGGAGCACUUGUAUCCAAUCAAAGGUUCCAAUAUUUUUUGUCCAAAGUUGGACUGGAAGACCCGAUUGAAAAUAGCUUUGGAGGCUGCUAAAGGUCUGGAAUAUCUCCAUGAGCAUGUCCAUCCCCCAGCUAUUCAUAGAGAUCUCAAGAGUAGCAAUAUACUUUUGGACAAAAUUUCCAUGCCAAAGUUUCUGACUUUGGAUUGGCCAAGCUUGGAUGUGAUAAAGCUGGCGGGCAUGUCUUGUUACCCAAAUAGCUUGAAUCACUGA